GGGUGGAGGAGAGAGACCACUCCUGGGGUUCUUCUACCAUGGAUCCCAAUCUUCCAAGAAGAGCUUUCCAAGAAGGCUGCUCCCCCACCAUUCUUAUGAGUGUGGAAGGUCUUCUCAAUGAGCCGACCUGUGUGCCAUUUGGGGCAGGACUGAGCUAACAUCUCCGUGGAUGCUCAGGCGGGGUGGGCUGUGACAGGCCAAGAGAAAUUCCCUGGAAGAAUUGUGCAAGAAGCUGGGAGCAACAGCAGGACAUUUAUUAGCAUCACUGCUCAGGAGGGAUGGGAAGCAGAGCGGGAUGGUGAAGGAAGGAUGACCCAAAAUAUGGUGACUGUGAAUGGAGUCGAUGUGGCCUCUACGCUGUCCCAGCCCACUCACAUCAACAUCCACAUCUACCAGGAAUCAUCUUUGGCACAAUUGUUCAAAGCUGGGGCCUCCCUGGAGGAGCUUUUUUCUCAUCCUCUGGACACUAGCCCUUUCAAGGCCAGGAUGAGCUAUGGGCAGCUGGCACUGGGGGUGACCCAGAUAUUGCUGGGGGCUGUGAGCUGUGCCCUUGGAGUGUUGCUGUGCUUAGGGCCCUGGAUAGAGCUGUGUGCCUCAGGCUGCGCCUUCUGGGCAGGGUCUGUGGCUAUUGUAGCAGGAGCUGGGGCCAUUGUCUAUGAGAAGCACCAGGGAAAACUUUCAGGCUGCAUAUCAGGUCUGCUCAUGCUGGCUGGUGUCGCCACAGCCAUGGCUGCUGUUGUCCUUUGUGUGAAUAGCUUAACCUGGCAAAGUGAUGGCUUCUAUGACAUCGACUAUGUGUGUGAUUACCCAGAACCUGCUGCCACAACCACUGGGUACCAAGAGACAUGGCAAAGAAGUCACAAGUCACAUUGGACAGAGGAUAGAUGUAAAACCUACAUGCAAAUACUGAUGAACUUGUUCCUAGGAAUCCGUGCUCUGCUCCUGGCUGUCUGUGUCCUGCAGGUCAUUGUAUCCUUGGCUUCCCUGAGCGUGGGUCUUCGAAGCUUGUGUGGCCAGAGCUCUCGGCCCCUGGAUGAGGAAGGGGCAGAGAAGGAGCUACUGGGAGAGAAUUCAGUGCCUCCCUCUCCCUCCAAGGAGAAGACCAUGGAUGCCAUCAUCCUGUGAGCCGCCAAAGACCCUGCCUGGGCUCCCACAUGUCCCUGAUGGGAUAGCCCAGCGCUACUGGGGAGGACAGCACCCACUCCCCAGGAUUCCUUGCUGACCUGCCCUUCACACUUGCCUCUCUUUAGGCCACUGUCCCGGCCCUCCUCCUCUCCCCACUGUUCCCAUUGCAGUGGCCUCAAGUCAUUGAACAGGUGUUGUCGCAUUUUCUCCAGCGCUAAUUAAACAGAAACAACAGGGAAAAUCA